CGAUCGACACUGAUUCAGUAUCAUCAAAUCUCUCUCUCUCUCUCUCUCUCUCUCUCUCUGCUGUCUAAUCGGAAUUAAAACAGUUUGCUCUGAGACGUCUGCUGGACAAACCAUCUGCUUCAAAAAUGUCUCUGCUGCAGCUCACAGGACAUCUAUUAUUCAUCGUCAUCUCCAUUUCAUCAACAUUUGCCUCUGAAUCCACCGUGCCCUAUCCGAUCACCUGUGAGACCCGUGGAGUUGACCUGAAGGAUGAUGUCGACGUGGUCCUGUGUCCGCCGGACUGCACACAGGGCAGAGUGUCGGUGUUUGGAACAGGGAUCUACGCCUCCAUCUCGUCCGUCUGCGGCGCUGCGGUUCAUCGGGGCGUCCUGAGAUCAAGUGGAGGACCCGUUAAGAUACACAAACAGCAGGGACGAAAAAACUACAUAAGUUCUCACGCUCAUGGAAUCCAAUCACAAAGUCUGGUUCGCUGGAGCUCCUCUUUUACUCUAACCAAGCCAGUAACUUCUCCACAAGAGUUGACCAGUGACGGCAGCGCCACCGUCCUGCCUCCAAUGGAACAGCCAGCUGCUAAAAAAGAGAGCAAAGUGAAGAAGCCGUCGGUGAAGAAAGCUCUGACAGGAGGAAACAGAGAAUGUCAAGUCGACCUGGCCAUGGUGUUGGACAGCAGUAAAAACAUCGGGCAGCGACGCUUCAACCUACAGAAAAACUUUGUGUCCAAACUGGCAGCCAUGAUGAAAGUGGGGUCCACUGGGCCACACGUGGGUCUGGUACAGGCCAGUGAUUUACCAAAGACAGAGAUCUUUCUGACCAACUACACUCAGCCUAAAGAGCUGCUGUUUGCUAUAAAAGAGCUGAGCUACAUGGGAGGAAACAGCAACACAGGGAAAGCCAUCAAACACACAGCUCAGACCUUCUUCCAGCAGGAGAACGGAGGCAGACGAGGUCACCCUCGGGUCAUGCUGGUGCUGGUGGACGGCUGGCCAUCUGAUGAUUUGGAGCAGGCUGCUACCUACGCCCGUGAAUCUGGAAUCAACGUGUUCUUAGUGUCUGUGGCCAAACCAGUACCAGAGGAAGUGACCAUGGUGCAAGACAAGGACUUCGCCAAGAAGGCUGUUUGUAAAGACAACAGUUUCUUCAGUCACCAGAUCACCAGCUGGUUCAGUACAACCAAACAUGUCAAACCUCUGUCCCAGAAACUCUGCUCAACCAACAACAUGCUCUGCAGUAAAACCUGCUACAACUCCGUCAACAUCGCCUUCCUUAUCGACGGCUCGUCCAGCGUUGGAGACACAAACUUCCGUCUGAUGCUGGAUUUCAUGACAGGAAUCGUCAGGAGCUUCGAGAUCUCAGACAUGGGAUCUCGCGUUGGUGUAGUGCAGUUCACCUACGAGCAGAGGACGGAGAUAGGUCUGUCUGACUACACGAAGAAAGAGGACGCGCUCAACGCCCUGCAGAAUAUCCGCUACAUGAGCGGGGGCACGGCCACGGGGGCCGCCAUCACCUACACCGCAGACAUGCUCUUCAAAAACACAGGUCCAGGUCGCAACUUCAUGAUUUUAGUGACAGAUGGUCAGUCAUAUGACGAGGUGAUACAUCCGGCGGAGCAGGCUCGCAAUCAAGGUAUUACCUUUUACUCAGUGGGCGUGGCUUGGGCUCCUCACGAAGACCUUAAAGCCAUGGCUUCAGAACCAAAGGACAGUCACAUGUUCUUCAGCCGAGAGUUCACUGGUCUGUCAGAGUUCGUUGAGCCCAUCGUUAAAGGAAUCUGCCGAGAUUUUACUGAGAAAAAUUGAGAACACAACACACACACACACACACUCACACACACACAUACACACUUAUGUAUUUGUGACAAAAUCACAUCGAAUCAAAACCAAACAAUGUUCAAAGACCUCACUGCAGGUGAAAUAAAACUGGCCCCACCGUGGUGAUAGAAUCAAGAUGAUCUUUUGGCUGUAGACUCAACACAGAGCCACAAAGAUUGUCUGUAUUUAUGUUGAAGAUUUGUCACUGUUAAUCCACGUAUAUUAUACCAAAAUACAUACCAAAACAAUGAAGUCUGAGGAAGGAAAUCAAGUAAAAAAGCUGUCGUCCAAAAUGUCCUCACAUGUGGCAAAAUAAACAUUGGUCCUCGUAAUGACAGAAUGACAGGAACACACACUGUAUAUAUACAUAUAUAUAUACAUAUACAUUAUACACACUGAUACUGACACAUAUGUGUGAAAACACAUGUAUAUAAAAGACUAACAGUGUAGAAAAUACUUUUAUACACAAAAAGAAACAUGUAAGUAUUUAAGGAGCAGGACAUGUAAACUGUAACAACAGAAACUAAACAGUCACUUAUUUUAAAGUAAACCAACAGCAGCACUCACAUGAGUGUAUUGUAUUUACUGGACUUUAAUCAAAAAUAACCAUUAUAUAUUUUUUACAGGAACUUACAAAAUUUCAGUGAAAUCAUGAAAAAUACUGCUGAUGAAAGGGUAAUAAAAAGUACCAAAUCAACAUUUCCUACUGUGUACUAAAAACAACAAACAAGAUUUCUGUAAAAUAACUAAAUAAUGAAGAAAUUUGCUCACAGAACAGACAAAGUUAAAAUUUGAUAAAGUAGAAAAGCAUACAAACAUUUAUCUUAUUAUGAAAGAUUUUGUUUACAGGAGCUCAACAAUACAUUUCUCUAAUUACGAUUAUAUCAAUUUAGUGUCAUUCCUACAGUAAAGUCACGUUUUCUUCCAAUCCAUCACUUUAUAAAAAUACAUUUCAACUUAAAAAAAAACAUUUUAUUGUUGUAAGAAAACGGAUUUCAAAUGAAGCAGCUCAUGACGCAUAUAUCGAUCUUCAAACAGUAUAGCAUCUUAGCACACAUGCUAGCAUGCUAACAGUGAAGUUUACACUUUCUGAAGAAAAUCACCUUUUGUGUUCUUGAGUGUUUGUGUAGACAACACAACAAAUGCUUUUUCUUCUUCUAUUUGUGUAAACAAUGCUUCAGCAGAAAACAAACAAACAUAUACAUACGGUAUAUAUAUAUGUUUCAGUUUGUUCUUCAGCAUCCAGGUUUAUUCGUGAUGUUUGCAUGUCGUUUAUCUAAAAUUAAACUUAAAUUGAUGUUUAGAAGGUUUUGGCAUGUAGAAAAAUGUCCUUUUGUGUCUGUUUGGAAGAAGAGCUGGUGUUUGUUAAGUAAUAAAAUAAACAAUUACAAAGAAAAGUC